AGCGAAUUAACUGGCGUAUCUGGAAGCAGUGGAGGGAACCGCAAGAGCCGCUGCAGCAACGCACGUUUUCCGUGGCCCACGGAGGCGAGGAAUGCAGAGUGCAUUCGUUCGAGAGACAAAGAAGUUAUCGCGGGGGGUAUUUUCUACGGAAUCCUUGGAUAUCUCUGUCAGUUAGCCUGCAUUGCAACGGAAUACCGUCCAGCGGUGCUUACAAUCUCUAAAGCCAAGGGAACCCCCGCUCACUUUUUAUAUGGCAAAGUUUCUCGCCGAGCUGUUGGGAUGUACACUGCCAGAAAAGGGCACUUCUCCCAUGUUCGAGGAAAAAGAGAAGCAGAGCGUUCUGUGAACUGGUCCGUGGAGGAGACACAGGCCCUUCUCUGCGCUUGGAGCGAUGAGAGGGUCCAGAAGUCUCUCUCGGAGAACCUGCGCAACAAGCACGUUUUCAAGCACCUCUCUGCCCGAAUGAGCUCUCUGGGAUUCGCCCGCAGCCCGCACCAGUGCCGCUUGCGAGUCAAGACGCUGAAAGCCAACUACGUGCGGGCCAAGCUCCUGCGAAGCGUGGACGGUGGUCAGCCGUGCACCUUCAGGUAUUACGCGGAGAUGGACGCGGUUUUGGGAAAAGCGCGCUCCGUGGAGCCAGGUAUCCACGUGAGCCACGUGAUCCACGAAGUGAAGUCGGAAGACGACCGUGAGGCGUCCACGGACGAGUUCGAGUUCAGCAACCCCGGUUUCUCCCAGUCCCUCUCGGUCGAGGCCCCUCCAGUUUUUAUGGAACCGCACAUUGCGUCAGUACCUACAAGCAACAGUUGCCAUGAAGCCAUGCCCGUGGAAGAGGACCUGAGCUCCAACACUCCCACACCACCCCCACCUCCCCCGGCCCACCCCUCCUCCCCCCCUGCGGCAGACCCCAGCAGACCCCCCUCCCUGGAUCCGGCGCUCCGGUACCUGACGGACUGUUUCCAGCGUCUGCUGUGGGAGUGGCGGCGGCUGAUGGAACAGCUGGAGGCGCAGCGGCAUGAGCAGGCGCGCUGGCAGCAGGAGCUGCUGGGGAGGUGGCUGGAACAGCAGGAGCGGCGGGAGCAGGAGGUGGCCGAGCGGGAGGCCAGGAGGGAGAGGGCGCGGAUGGACCACGAGCUCCGCGUGCUGCAGCUCCUCACUGGCCUGCAGAGGCCCCCGCCCUGCCACUGCCCCCACCAGCGAGACCCCUCCACCCCCACCCAGCACAGACUGCCCCCCCGGGAGCGCAGCACACAGGAGGGGUCAGCCCAAGGGCUGGAGUGAAGCCUCUGUUACCCUCCACACACCUGCAGUGCCCUGAGGUUUUUGUUUUAGCUCAGUAGACACCUGAUUCUACUUAGCUUAUCAUAGGCUGUGUUAGAAACCCAACACAGCAUACUGCUCGUACUACAUUGCAAUUAACAUUUUGUUUGAGUAGUAUGCGAUGUCAAACACAGCCAUGAUCUGCAAUCAAGGCCUUGCUAAUUAGUUGUAGGGUUAAAACAAAAACCUGCACCCACACCGGCCCUUUUCCGAUAAGAUUGGACACCACUGGCCCACUGGAUUUGUGCUCUGAAUCAUGUACAGAAUUAUUUUGUUUUUAGUUUCUUUUUUUGUAUUUAAUAAAUAUAUAAUAAUAAUAAUAAGUUGUGCUAAAUAAACUACUGUCAGAGAUCUAAAUGUCUAACUUGGCAACCAGAACUCUUAGGUCAAGCCUUUGUAGUAAACUUAUGCAGAUUGUAAAUCUAAGAAACAAAUAAUGAAAUAAAAAACAUGGUUUGACUGUUUUUAAA